GUGGAUGGGUGUGGAGGCCACUUCACGGUUGGUUCCGACCCCGACACGAGUAUAACGUCAUGUGCCGUAUAAUGAAUAAAGCCGGGAUAAGAAUUUAAAGCAGUGGGAAAGGCAAUAUUAUUUUUUCAUUAGAAAUGUUCUUGUAUUGACGCACAAUAACUAUCAAUAAUAAUUAUAAAUUGUUAUAAUCUUUUUAUUAAUAAUAUUUUUUUUUAGCACACAGAGAAUAAACCCUAACAAGUCGUUAAGUUUUAAAUCAGCAGCUCCUUUUUGUGCCGAUUGAACCGUAGUUUUAAAACUAGUGAUGAACCGCUGAUUCCUCUCGAAUAAACUAAAACGGAACGCCAGGACGGUGUUGCCAUGCCAACGCAAACAGUAAACAGUCACCGUUUGCCAGUAACGAUAUUUCUGUAACUGAAGGCAAAACCAAGAGUUUAUUUUUUAGUUAAUAUAUUUUUUCAAAGAGUUAAACGCAAUGAUUCCACCAGCUGAAUCUCUCCUUGAAUACGACAUCCCAGUUUUGACGAGCAAAGGCAUCCCAAAGGGCCGCCCCUUGAGACUGAGCCCUCAGCAGCCCGCUGACUCUGUACCCGUUCCACCACCCCCUAAACCAAAACCAGCUGCUAAUGAAACCACCAGGCAGGAGAACGAGGAGAUCCUGAACACCAUCCUUCCACCCAGGGAAUGGAUGGAGGGAAACCAGCUGUGGGUGCAGCAAGUGUCCAGUGCACCAUGUUCAAGAGCAGAUGUUAUUCACCUGGAGGAACUCUUGAACUUGAGGCUGCAGCAGAGACAGGCCAGACACACAGGAAUCUGCCCCAUCCGCAGGGAGCUCUACUCCCAGUGUUUUGAUGAGCUAAUCAGACAGGUAACCAUCAACUGCGCUGAGAGAGGCCUGCUGCUGUCACGGGUCAGAGAUGAGAUUCAAAUGACUUUUGCUCUCUACCAAACACUGCAUGGAAGCAGCAUCGCAUUCGGCACAAGGAAAGCACUGCAGGGUGAGCAGGAACUAGUCGACAUGAAACAAAAAAUUGCAUCUCUGGAGACUAAGAAAGAAGACCUGAAGAGGCAACUGAAUGAACAGAAAGCUAUAUGCGAGUCAAUGGAAAAGAGAGAAGCAGAGAAGACUGAGGUGGAGGGGAGGAAGAACACUGAGGAGAUUCAGUACCUGAAAAGAGUCAACCAGCAGCUCAAGGCCCAAAUUGAAAGCAUACUUAAGUCAAAAUGAAAGAAGAAAAAGCAUGGACAAGGUGGCAAUUUCUCAACAAAUGGUAUAUAAUUUGUAUUUUGUCUGGUUUCUAAAUAAUAAAUAAAUGUGAAUUCA